ACAGACCAAAUGAUGAUGGAGGAGGUGGAGCCUGGGAUCUCAGACACCGAGAGACCCUCCCCUUCUCACACCAAGAGGAAGCCUGCUGUCGCAGCCAAGCACACCGGAGGGAAUGAGUCUGCCACCUCGGAUGGGAGUGGACAGGAAGAUGGCGCCUCUGACAACCCCUCAGAGGGCAUGUUGGUGGUACGGCCUCCCGCUGGGAGUGAUAACAAGGAGAGCAGAGGAGCCAUGAAGCUCAGAGUGGACCUCUCAAGGAAAAAGACAGAUACCACUCUGGAGGAGCGAAUAGACUGCACCGCCUGUGGACAGCAGGUCAACCACUUCCAGCGCCACUCGGUGUUUGAGCACCCCAUGCUCCAUGUGCUCCUCUGCAAGUCGUGCUAUAAGUAUUACACCAGCGAUGACAUCAAUAAAGACGAGGACGGCAUGGACGAACAGUGCAGGUGGUGUGCUGAAGGGGGCAACCUGAUCUGCUGUGACUACUGCCACAACGCCUUCUGUAAGAAGUGCAUCCUGCGUAACCUGGGGCGCAAGGAGCUGUCCAUGAUCACCGACGAGAACAGUAAAUGGUCCUGCUAUAUCUGCAGCCCCCAGCCCCUCGCCGACAUCGCCUCCAACUGCUCCAACAUCAUGACCAAGCUGGAGAGCUUCUGGCGCACGGGACGCAAGAAAGAGAGGGAGGAGAAGGAGAGGAAGGAGGUGAAAGGGGCACAGGAGCAUUCAGACGGGUCAGGGACCCUCACCUUCUCCUAUAAGACUCUGAAGGUCCCCAAGGAGCUGGUGAAGAGGACCAAGAAGCUGAUUGAGACAACCACAGGGCUCAACAACACCUUCAUCCAGUUCAUCCAGCAGGCUGAGGAGGAGCAGGGAGCAGGAGGAGGCGGCAGCGGGACCAGACACAGACACCUCAAGGCCUUCAGGUCUGUUCUGGCUGAUCUGAAGAAGGCCCAUGCUGCCCUGGAGGAGGACCUGGAGUCACAGUUCACUUCCCAGGACCAGGGGAUGCAGAACGGGGAUGCGGUCUCCAACACCGACGGCCAUGAUGGCCACGAUCAGAUGGACAACAUGGUUGAGGAUGGGCAGGAGGCAGAAGAGGUCAAAAUGGCUGACACUGAGGAUGGGGAGGAGCCAGAGGAGGAGGGGGAGGAUGGGGGCGUGUCAGAGGAUGCAGAGAUGGAGGGGAGCCCCACCCCCAAGCCUCAGGACCACUCAGAGACAGACAGCCAGGCCAAAGACCAGACAGUGGUGAAAGUGGAGGAAGAGGAGGAGGAGGAGGAGGAGAAGGAGAAGGAGGAGGGUGACCGGGAUAAAGACAUUGUGUCCGUCGGGCCGUCCGUCCCUGACGAGCUCUUCCAGAUGGUCGAGAGUCUGGCGGACUCCACAGGGUUAACACCCGGCAAUGACGCCACAGAGCCCACAGCGGCUAGCCAAUCCGAGAGCCCCGCCACCGGCUCAACCAGGAAGUCACAUGACACCCAGAAGGAGAAGGCCAUGCCCAAGGUGAAGAACCUGAUCGUGAAGCUGACACCUGUUCCCGUGGUGACCACACGCACCUCCAGGUCUAAGAGCAAGGAUAAGGAUGGAGGGAAGGAGAAAGAGAGGAGUAAGGAUGGAGGGAAGGAGAAAGAGGGGAGUAAGGAGAAAGAGAGGAGUAAGGAUGGAGGGAAGGAGAGGAGUAAGGAGGUGGAGGGAGGUGGGGGCUCUGAGGAGGAUAGCCGUCGCUCCAGCCGCACAAAGACCACACCCCUCAGGAAGUCACCGGACGGGAAGAACAAGAUGUCCGCCUCCUCUCAGGAGAACAGUGACUCAGAGGGCGAGGAGAAGAGCCCCAGCAAGCUGAAGAGUAGAACCAAAGGCAGCUCUGAGAAGGAGAAGGAACGGGGCGAGGAGGAGGAGGAGGAGGAGGAUGAUGAGGGGCGGCAAGAGAGCAAGGCCUCCGAGGAGACCGCUGACCCUUCUAAACAGGAAGUGGACUCUGACUCUGACGAGGUUCCGGACAUCCUGCUCCAGACUGCAGCGGCGGAUCACAGCUCGGACGAAGAUGUGCAACAGGAUGCCGAUGGUAACCAGGGCGGCAGGAGCUUCAAGAAGUUCAAACUCAACAAGCAAGACCAAGAGGAGAAAGACAAGAAGCCGGCGGCCAAACGCAAACUGAAAGCCGACCACUCCGACAACUCAGAGUCCGACUCAGACGAAGACGUUAAGAAGAAGAAGAAAAAGAAGUCCUCCACGGCUUCUGUCAAAAAGACCUCCAAGAAGAAGGGCUCGGACGGCUCCUCUAACUCCGACUCUGACCUGGAGAAGGAGAUGAAGGGACUCAGCAAACUGGGAAUGGGGAAGCGGAGGAGCAGCCGUGUGAAAAAGGGUAGCGAGGAGAAGAGCAAGGGCGGGGAUCGGAAGCGGUCGUACGAGUUGAAACGCAAAGCCAGAGGUAGAGGAGCCAAGCAGCAAGAUUCGUCGUCUGAUGUGGAGGAGGAAGAGGAGGAGGGAGGAGGGUCUGGAGAGGAGAGUGCAGACCAGCAGAAGAUUAAACCCAUCGUGGAGGAGACAUUGGUAGCAGGGAGGGGAACCUUUCACCAGUCCUCAGGAGAUGAAGGUAACCAUGAUGCUUCUCAGAUGGCUGAUGACGAUGAUGAUGAGGAUCCAGAGAACAGAAUUGCCAAGAAGAUGCUGCUGGCCCAGAUCAAGGCCAACUAUUCCUCUGGAGCAGAGGAGAGCUCUGACGAGGACGGAGAAGAGAAGGAACAGGAGAAGGAGAAGGAAGGAGAGGAGGAUGGAGAGGAGGAUGGAGAGGAGGAUGGAGAGGAGGAUGGAGAGGAGCAAGAGGAGGAUGAUGAUGAUGAUGAUGAUGAUGAUGGGGACUCUGGCUCUGACGUGGACAUGAAGAAGGGUGGGGGGCGUCGCCACCGGCUGCUCCGCCACAAACUGACGCUGAGUGAGGGAGAGUCAGGAGAGGAGAAAGAGAAACCAGCCAGCAAGAAGAAGAAGAAGGAGACCAAGAGGACCAGACAGAAAGUGGGUAGUGAUGACUCAGCAGACUCAGACUUCGAGGAGUCAGUUAACAGCAGUGAGUCAGGAGUGAGUGAAGAGAUCAGUGAGAAGGAGUCGUCGGAGGAGUCUGAGGAAGAGGAGUCUGAGAAGGAAGGCAGCAGCCGCAGGAGGACCACACGCUCCUCCAAGAAGAAGAAGAAGAAGAAGGAGGAGAGGAGCUACGCCCAGAAGAAGAAACGCCGCCGCAUCAAGGUCCAGGACUCUUCGUCCGACGAGAAGAGCGGGUCAGGAGAGGACGGCUCGGGGAAGGAGGACGGAGACUCUCCUAAAGGACAGAGGAAGAAGAUCAGAAAGAUCCUCAAGGACGACAAGCUGAGGACUGAAACCAGGGACGCCCUUAAGGAGGAGGAGGAGAGGAGGAGGCGCAUCGCGGAGAGGGAGCAGCUCAGGGAGAAACUCAGAGAGGUACUCGUGGUGGAGGAGGCGUCCGCCGUGGCUUGUCCAAUCACAACCAAGCUGGUGCUGGAUGAAGACGAGGAGACCAAGGAGCCCAUGGUGCAGGUCCACCGCAACCUGGUCACCAAGCUCAAACCACACCAGGUCGACGGGGUCCAGUUCAUGUGGGACUGCUGUUGUGAGUCGGUGAAGAAAACCAAGAAGAACACUGGUUCUGGAUGUAUCCUGGCUCACUGUAUGGGCCUGGGCAAAACACUGCAGGUGGUGGCUCUACUCCACACUCUACUGCUGUGUGAUAACCUGGACUUCUCCACGGCUCUGAUCGUCUGUCCUCUCAACACUGUUCUCAACUGGCUCAAUGAGUUUGAGAAGUGGCAGUACGGCUUCAAGGACGAGGAGAGUUUAGAGGUGACGGAGCUGGCCACAGUAAAGCGUCCCCAGGAGAGGGCGUGUGCUCUGCAGCAGUGGCAGGAGGAUGGGGGCAUCAUGAUCAUUGGCUAUGAGAUGUACCGGAACCUCACACAGGGAAGAAACAUCAAGAGCAAGAAACUCAAAGAGACCUUCCAGAAGACCCUGGUCGACCCAGGCCCAGACUUUGUGAUCUGUGAUGAGGGCCACAUCUUGAAGAACGAGGCGUCGGCCGUCUCCAAAGCCAUGAACUCCAUCAGGACCCGACGGAGAGUGGUGCUCACCGGCACCCCGCUGCAGAACAACCUCAUAGAGUACCACUGCAUGGUGAACUUCAUCAAGGAGAACCUGCUGGGGUCCGUGAAGGAGUUUAGGAACCGUUUCGUCAACCCCAUCCAGAACGGACAGGCAGCGGACUCUACAGACCAGGAUGUACGCAUCAUGAAGAAGAGGGCUCACAUCCUCUACGAGAUGCUCAAUGGAUGUGUACAGAGAAGAGACUACUCUGCCCUGACCAAGUUCCUGCCUCCUAAACAUGAGUACGUUGUGUCUGUCAGAGUCACGCCCAUCCAGUGUACUCUGUACCGACACUACCUGGAGCACUUAACAGGUGCGGGGAACGUGGUGGAGGGGGGUCGGGGCCGAGCCGGGACCAAACUCUUCCAGGACUUCCAGAUGCUCAGCAGAAUCUGGACCCAUCCCUGGUGUCUCCAGCUGGACUACAUCAGCAAGGAAAACAAGGGGUACUUUGACGAGGACAGCAUGGAAGAGUUCAUCGCCUCGGAGACUGAGGAGUCUUCUAUGAGCAUGACCUCUGAGGACGAGAGACAGAAAAAGAAGAAGAAGCGGGGGAAAGCUAAGAAGAAGGACAGCGACUCGGACAGUGAUGCUCUGGAGGUGAUAAAGGAAUGGAACACCAGCUCCAGAGGAGGAGACCCAUCCAGCCGCAACCGGGCCGAGCCAGAGGAGGAAGUGCGUCCAGCCUCCAGCCCUGGCACCAGGAGUCCUGACUGGCACAAGGAGUUUGUAACGGAGGCUGACUCUGAGAUCCUGGAGCAUUCUGGGAAGAUGGUGCUGCUGUUUGAGAUCCUCCGCAUGGCUGAGGAGGUGGAGGACAAAAUGUGUCCCUGGCCGGCAAAUCAGCAGGACUCCCAGGCAACAGAGGGGGAGGGCCUGGGCGCUGAGGCGGCAGGUGGAGGGUGUCCCUUCUCUGCGCAGGCGCCGAUGGCUGGGGCUGGGGCUGGCUGA